AUGGCUGAUGCAGUUGUCGCCAUUUCCUCUCCUUCCUCAUUCUAUGCUCUCAAAAAUUUACCGAAGUUGUCGCUUCCAGCAUUGGCACCAGUGCAAGUCAAUGUUAGGACUGUGAUGUUACACAGAAAUAUUUCUGGUGACUUUGACUUCAUCAUACGACGUACGCAGAUUCCUGACAAACAAGGAAAAUUGCAUGCUGUUGCUUUCGUGGAACCCGUGAAGUUCCGAGAUGGUCCACCACUACCAAAUGAUAUUCGAUAUGGGUUACUACCGGGUGAUCAGUUGCUACGAAUUAAUGGUACUUCAAUCGAUGUAUUAAGUCGAAACGAUUUAUCAACUCUUAUGGAGCGUUGCGGACCAACUGUUGAACUUACGGUAAGAGCUGCGCCGGAAUUAGCUGAAUUAUGCGAGCGGAACGAGGUGGAUCGUACUGUUAUUGGUGAUUCGCUGAUGCUUCCGGCAACUUCGAAAUAUCAGGCUAAUACGGACACGCCGGAAGAAGAACGAUGCUGGUUGAUUCAUAAAAACGGUUUCACGCUCGCGCGUUUGCUAGAAACCUUACCAGAUGGAAGGAUGAGAAUAAAAGUGAUGGAUUUGGAAAUGGAUGUUGAUGUGACGGAUAUUGAUAAAGCGAAUCCGUCAAGCCUGGAUCGCGUUAAGGAUCUUAUCAGUUUACGUUAUAUAAAUGAAACGAGUGUAUUGCAUGUACUUCGUCAACGUUAUGGCAGUAAUUUAUUUUACACAUACGUUGGCCCACGGAAUACAAUAUGUCUGGCAACUGAAAGUCCAAAGACAACAACAACAGUUUCUCUUUUCAAAGGAUGCAGACGACAGCAGAUUCCGCCACAUAUAUAUUCUUCUGCACAGCAAGCCUACAGAGCUCUACAAAUGUCUGGAAGAAAUCAGUGUAUUGUAUUGUCGGGAGCAUCUGGUAGCGGAAAAACGAUGCAACUGCGGAAUAUAUGUCGUUAUUUUUGCGAAGUAGCUGGUUGGACUAAGUCACUUUCAUACGAUACAAUAUCAUCGGCUCUUUUUGUUUUGGAAUCAUUCGGUAACUGUAGAACGAAAAGUAGUGCGAAUUCAACUCAAUUUUUAAUGAUGUUUUCUCUUUCAUUUGAUACUGUGGCAUCAUUAAGGAGUGCUUCCAUACAAACAUUUUUAUUGGAAAAAACUCGUGUCAAUCGAUGUAUCACUGAUGGAAGGGUAUUUCAUGUAAUACGUUAUUUUUUGCAAGGAGCUGACUUAGAAGUAGUGGCAGCAUUCAAACGGAAAAACGAUGAUGCAUCCGCUGACACCCAAAAGGACUGGUUAAGGCUUCUGGAUUCGUUCACGGAGUUGGGUUUUACUGAGAAGGAGAAGACUGCAAUCGUAUCUGUCCUUACAGCAAUCCUACAUCUGAUUUGUGCUGAAGCUACACAAAGUGACGCGCCAAGAUCUCAAUUUAUACACAUGCGGCAUGCGCAACAAGCUGCCUCAUUACUGGGAUUAGAAGUGGAACAGCUUACUUCCGCUGUUUUCCGUAAAAAUCUUUCGCAAACUGCAUCCAGUAAUCCUGUCAGCCGAUUUUCGUUAUCGACACGUAAUCAAACUGGACAAGAAGCUUUGAAUCGGUUUACUGCUUGUUUGUAUAACGAACUGUUUGAUGCUGUUGUUCGUUCCUUAAAUCGCCAUUUAGGGGAAGGUGGUUCAACGUCAUCGUCUACGAUUACCAUUGUCGAUUAUCCAGGAAGCGAAUUUGGAUCAUUCAGCCCGGAUGCUGUUCAUCCUCGUGGCCUCAAUGAUUUGUUGUAUAAUUAUGUAAAUGAACGAUUUGCGGAGCUCUAUCAUGAUGUGUGUUUUAAUGAGCCUUUGGAAAUGUACAAAAGGGAGCAAGUGGAAGCCGAUGUUGAGCAAACUCAAAGUUCUCCACACGAAAUUUGUCGGUUAAUUGAUCAAAGGCAACAACUGUCUAAUUGUGUUGAUAUUGAAUUGCGAAGUACGGAGAAACGUGGUCUAAUGUGUAUUUUGGAUGAGGAAGCAUUGUUUCCGGCAGCGACAGAUGAUUCUUUCUUAGAGAGAAUCUUCGUUCAUCUGGCUGAUUCACACUUGAUUCGACGAGAUACCAAUCCGCUAACAUUUGUAUUGCGGCAUGGCCUUGAUAGCAGUUCUGUUACAUAUAAUGUUCAAGGCUGGAUAAAAGCUGCUCAGUCUGAUUAUACUGAUUCCUCGCUCACUUCUUUAUUGUGCACUUCGAAUAGCUUAACAGUUGCAAGUAUGUUUUCACCGGUUACUACCCCUGUAGCUGACAAUACAACAUUGAAAAUGCGAAAAGCAACACAAACAAUCAAGCUUGAUGCUGCUGGUAUGCGUGUGAUUUCUGGAUUUUUCGCUGAUUUUUGUUUCCAGCUGGAUUACGUCAUAUCAUGUAUCAAAAGAACUACUGGUCUUCAUUUUGUUCACUGUGUCCGGCCGUUAUCCGCAGUUGACAUGCAUAUGCGACCUGAUGAGCUCCUGAAUAUACAAUAUGUCCGAAAUCAACUGCGCUACCUAUCGUUGGUGAAUUCAGCUCGCGCUGCAAGCCAGGGUUUUCCGGAACAAAUCCCUUACAAAUAUUUUCGAUGUCGUUUCCAAUGUUUGCUGAAGGAACAGAAUACUUCAAGCGAAUAUAUGGAUGAUCGAGCUAUCUCUGGCAAAAUACUGGAAGAAUUGGGUGCAUUUUCGCAUCGGUAUCGAUUGGGUUUAAGCCAGGUUCUUCUACGUAGCGAUUUACUGGAUGAACUGGAAGAACGUCGUGAACUUUGUUUGAGUGGCCUUAUUGGACACUUCCAACAAAUCUGUCGUAAAUAUCUGGCUAUGAAAUGGUUGGCCAAGCGACGUGUACAAGAAAUUGCGAUACGCUGCAUACAACGGAAUGGUCGUGCUUACGCAAAAGUGCGUGAAUGGCCCUGGUGGCGUCUUUACAUUCGCGUGUCGCCACUUCUAGCAGCAACGAGAAGUGAUCGUGAAAGCCGUGAGUGGGAACAGAAACUGGAUGAAAGAGAGAAUAAAAUCCAAAAGUUACGUAUAGUAAAAAACCGCUUGGAAGCACGUGUUGUGGAAUUGGAACAAAUGCUAACUGUUGAGCGUGCAAAUGCACAGUCUAUGAAUGAUGCUCUGGAACGAGAAGUAGAACAUCGUCUUCAAGCUGAGAAGCAAAUACUGGUAUUACAACAACAUUCAAAAGAAGAUUCACGUAUGUCUUCGUCGUGUUCAUCUCAUUCACGCCUCGAUCAAAGCGUGCAUAUAGACACUAAGACUGUUGAAUUGCAAAAAGAAGUUGCAACUUUAAAAGAAAGUGAUUCAGUACAACGUUUGAGAGCUCAGAAAGCAGUGCAGCAAUUAAAGGAUGUUGAAAAUGAACUGAGAGAUUUAAGAGCAAAGAACGAUGCAUUGGAGAGAAAAUACAAAAACUUUGAUAUAAAUUUGAAAAUUGUGAAAGAUAGUAGCGAGAAGGAGAGAACGGAGCGGAUUAAAGCCGAACGUGAGCGAGAAGAAGCUAUCAGCAACAGUGAAAGACGAUUUACAGAAUUGCAGAAUUUGAAGGCGGAAAAUGGUGAGCUGCGUCAAAGUAUUGCAAAACUACGAAAAGAACUAGAAAAAUUGAGCGAAGUUAAAGAAGGCUCUACGGAAAGUGAAUUUAGUUCAUUACAUAAAGCGAAACAUUCCCUGGAGAUGAAAUGCGCUGAACAGGAAGAAGAGCUUAAUGAAUUGACGGAUAGAAUGAAACAGUUGGAACAAACAAUAACGAGGUUGGAAAUGGCUGCGGAGCGAAGCCGAACGGAACGUUUGCGGGAUUUGGAAGCUAAGGAUAAUGAAAUUGACGAGUUGAGAUCACAAUAUCAAAGACGAGCUCGAGCUUUUGAGGAGCAGGUGGCAGAUUUGCAGGACACGAAUUCAUCUCUAGUGAAGCAGAAUCGUAUGUUGGAGGGACGUACACGUGAUAUGGAUAACUAUAGUGUUAGCUUCGAAGCUUCAUCAGGUCAUUAUAAGCGUGAUUUGAGGAAAGCUUUAGCUCUCUUGCGGGAUACGCAACGAGUUUUGGCUCGUGAGCGAGAAAAUUCUUUAAAUCAAUCGAUGAUUUGCCAGCUGCAAGAGCAACUGAUGGAUGCUGAAGCUGCAAAAUUAAGUGCACUUCGAGGACGUCAUUCUCUGGAAAGCGAACUUGCUGAAAUUAGAGCUCAAUUGGAAGCUGCUUUGACAGCAAAAAAUUCCGCUGAAGAUCGGGCGUUGGUACUUUUCAAAGAGAAAAGUAGUGCGUUAGCAUUAGUUGAAGAACAGGAUGAACAAGUGCGGAAUUUGUUGAAAAAAUAUAAAGCAGCAGUGCAACAAAGUGCAGUUGAUUCAAUCAAAAUUGCUGAUCAGUUUGAGCAGAUGGCUGAUAUGGAAAAAGAUAAAGAAAAAUUGCGUGAACAAUUAAAUGAUGUUUCAUCAGCUUUGGAAUAUCAUCAGCAACAUUCAGUUGAGAAGCAUAAAUUAUUGUUAGCUGAGCAGAGAAUACGUGAUCUGGAAGCGAAGCUAGAAUUAGAAAUCUCACAGAAACUUAGACUUGAAGCUUUGAUGGUAAAAGCAAAUGACGAAGUGGAAUCACUAAAAGAUCAAAUCCAAGAACUGAACAGCUUGCGUGAAAAAGAUCUUAGUGUAAACCGCAAAACACGCAAAGAUGUAAGUACGCUGCAGGAACAGUUAGAAGAUCUACGUAAGAAAGAAAUGGAUCUUGUUCAUAAAUGCAAACAAGUUGCUAUCGAACGCGAAAAAAUGGAAUUGGAAAAGCAGACUUUGAUUAAAGAUUUACAAUGUGCUGAAAAGCGCAUUGAUGAUUUGCGGAAAGCACUAAGCAAAGAUAUAAGCGACAGAGAAGAUGGUUCAGAUGAUGAGGAUUUGUUCUCGAUCCAAAAUGGAUCACUUACAGGGUAUGAUUAA